GCGGGGCGGGGCAAGGAGGCUAUAAGUAGAGGCAGUGAGGAAGGGGCCGCAUCAGUUCAUCGCUGCCGUCUUGGUGUUGUGUUGCUCCGGUGCUUUCCCCUUCCGCCUGUCGCCGCCCAUCGCGCCGCCAUGAACGGGCAACUGAACGGCUUCCACGAGGUGUUCAUCGAGGAGGGCACCUUCCUCUUCACCUCUGAAUCCGUGGGCGAGGGGCACCCAGAUAAAAUCUGUGACCAGAUCAGUGAUGCUGUCCUGGAUGCCCACCUCAAGCAGGACCCUGAUGCCAAGGUGGCCUGUGAGACAGUCGCCAAAACUGGGAUGAUCCUGCUGGCAGGGGAGAUCACCUCCCGGGCCAACGUGGACUACCAGAAGGUGGUCCGGGACACGAUCCGGCACAUUGGCUACGAUGACUCCUCCAAAGGUUUUGACUACAAGACUUGCAAUGUGCUGGUGGCCCUGGAGCAGCAGUCCCCAGACAUUGCCCAGGGCGUGCACCUGGACCGUAGCGAGGAGGACAUUGGUGCUGGUGACCAGGGGCUCAUGUUCGGCUAUGCCACAGAUGAGACAGAGGAGUGCAUGCCCCUCACCAUCGUCCUGGCGCACAAGCUCAAUGCCAAGCUGGCUGAGCUGCGCCGCAGCGGAGCCCUGCCCUGGCUGCGCCCUGACUCCAAGACACAGGUGACAGUGCAGUAUAUGCAGGACCGCGGGGCGGUGAUCCCCAUCCGGGUGCACACCAUCGUGAUCUCGGUGCAGCAUGACGAGGACGUGUGUCUGGAUGAGAUGCGCGAUGCACUCAAGGAGAAAGUUAUCAAGGCCGUGGUGCCCCCCAAGUACCUGGACGAUGACACCAUCUACCAUCUGCAGCCCAGUGGCCGCUUUGUCAUCGGCGGGCCCCAGGGUGACGCAGGGCUGACAGGCCGCAAGAUCAUCGUGGACACCUACGGGGGCUGGGGUGCGCACGGGGGCGGCGCCUUCUCGGGCAAGGACUACACCAAGGUGGAUCGUUCGGCUGCCUAUGCCGCACGCUGGGUGGCCAAGUCCCUGGUGAAGGCCGGGCUGUGCCGCAGGGUGCUGGUUCAGGUCUCAUACGCCAUCGGGGUCUCUCAUCCCUUGUCCAUCUCCAUCUUCCACUAUGGCACCUCCCAGAAGAGUGAGCGGGAGCUGCUGGAGAUCGUCAAGAAGAACUUCGACCUGCGGCCCGGGGUCAUCGUCAGGGAUCUGGAUCUGAAGAAGCCCCUCUAUCAGAGGACUGCAGCCUAUGGCCACUUUGGUAGGGACAGUUUCCCUUGGGAAGUGCCCAAAAAGCUAAAAUACUGAGAAAAAAAAGCAUUGUUAGGGCUUUUACCCCCACUCCCGCGGACGUAGGAUACAGAGAAGCCCGUGGGCUCUGGGGGAAAGAGCUCCCGGGUCUCCCCCCCUUCCCCCCCUCCCCCCCCCCCGCCCCAGGCUCCGCAGCCCUGCCAUUGUCUCUCACCGUCGUUUUGGUUGUGUGGGGACCAUGUGCCUCUCCUGGAGCCCCCCCACCCGUGUCCCCCCAGAUCCGUCUGGAUAGUUUUUAACAAAACUGUUCCUUCCGAACUAUGAGAUGGAGGAAAAGGCCCAAGUGCCCCCUCCCCCUUCCCUGUGCCCCGAGUCCCACUGUGGCAAGGGCCACCCUGUUUUGGGUCCCAGCAGUCCUGCCGUGGGGGGGUACCCCAUUUUAUCAUUCUCCAUUCCCCCUUGACCCCAAAUACCACUACAUGGGGGGGGGGGGCCCUCCCCCCUCAGUUUGGCUCCCUGUGUGUCCCCCACAACAGUCCCCAUUCCACUGGGAGGAUACUCAUUUUGGAUCCCCCAGUCCCACAGGUGGGGAAGACACUUCCCAUUCCGCCUCCCCACACCCCUGGGACCUUGCUGGUGCUGGGUUUGGUUCUUAACCCUCAUUUUAAACCUCUUUUUGUUCCAAAAAAAUGCACACUUUUGGGGGACAUGCUAAAACCAACACCUAACCACCCCCCCCCCACCCGAGGGUUCAGUACCAGAGGAAAUUUUUUUUUAUUUUUUGGGGUUUUAAUCCAAAAGUUGAAGCAACUCCCUAACUGCACAACCCCUCCACCCCCCAACUUUGUCCAGAUUUUGGGGGGAAAGGGGGGGCAUUUGGCGCUUGAUACUUGAAGGUUUGAUGUAUUUAUUGUGCGCCGAGGCGGGGGCGUGAGUACAGAGAAGUCCCCGCACUCAGCCGGCAGCUCCUGAUCCCUGAAAGCCCCCCUUCUCCUCCCCCUGCCCUCCCCCCACCUCCCACCAAUUUGGGGUGAAACCUGGGGGGAUUGGGUUUGUUGGAGCGCCGGGGGUGCCCCGGGCGUGGCGCUGGUGGUCGGUGUGGUACAGAGAAGCCGGCUUGUUUACUGCCCGCCCAGACUCCGGCCCCCAGAGUGCCUUGGGGGGGAGCAGCGGGGGCUUUCUCCUGCCUUUGAGGAUUUUUUUUUUUCCCUUGGUUUUACUAGUUUCGGGAGGUUUCAUCCAAAUGUUUUGAUCCACUGAAUCCAAAAACAACAAAAUCUCAAUAAAAGCAAUGGAUUAGAUGGA